UUUGCAGGGGUUAUUCUGUUACGAUUGAAGUAGUGAAGGAAUAACGGCUCUCUUUUCCUGGUGCGCGGGGGAGAUCGAGGAGCAGAGAGAAGAAUCCUUGUUGCACGGAAAAGGGAGAUUAGGGUUUCGGCUGAGGAGAUUGGAGAGGAGAGAAAGAAGAAGAAAGGCGAAAAACAAGCAAAAAGGAGAGAAUAGAGUGAGGAUAAACAGAGAUUGGAAGGGAAAAAACGAAGAACAAGGAGGUUCAGAGGUGGAGAUACCGAGACGAUAGGAGAGUAGUUUAGGAAUUUCCAAUCUGGGUCUGUUAGAAUAGAGUUUUCUUCCUGAAAAAGAUGAGUUUGAUACCGCGGAAUGUGAAAUCUAGGAGUGUAGGCAAGGUGAAAAGGGAGGAUAAUGAUGAGGCUGCACUUUUGGAGAAUGAAAGAAACAUUGAAAAUGGAACAGAUUCUGAUCUAGACAUCACAAAGACAAAGAAGAGAAGGAAAGAGAAAGAAAGGGAAGAAGAAAUUGAACAAGAAAAAGAAAGGAAGAAGCUGGAGAAUUUCUUGUUUGGAUCUCUCUAUUCCCCUGUUGUCUUUGGAAAGGAAGAGGAAGAAGAAAAGGACGGAGAUGAUUUAUUUGUUGUGGUUCCUUCUGCAAAUAGAGAACUAACUGUUUAUGAAAAUGAUGACGGGAUUUCAGAAGAGAGUGGGUAUGAAGAAGACCCAAAGACCAGGAAAGCAGUUUGGAAGGACGAGGAAGAAGAACAGAUCAAUGUGAAUAUAGCUAAAGUUAAUCGAUUGAGGAAGCUGAGGAAAGAAGAAGAUGAGGGUUUGAUUUCUGGUUCAGAGUAUGUUUUAAGAUUGAGGGCCCACCAUGCGAAGUUGAAUCCUGGCACAGAGUGGGCCCAGCUUGAUUCACAAUCCAAGAGUGAUAACUAUUAUGAUGAUGAAUCGUCAGAUGAAGAAAAUAGGGUUGAACUGGCCCGUGGUUACAAAGAUAUUGAAGCUGCUGAUAAUAUUCUUCGAACAAAUGAAGAACUUGUGGUGAAGAGCAGUGUCAAAUUGUUGCCUGGACUCCUUGAGUAUUCAAAACUUGUGGAUGCAAAUGCGGAGGAUCCUUCAAAUGGCGUGAUUAACUCAGUUCAGUUCCAUCGAAAUGCUCAGUUGCUACUUACAGCUGGAUCAGAUCGAAAGGUCAGAUUUUUCCAGAUCGAUGGGAAACGAAAUACAAAAAUACAAAGCAUUUUCCUUGAUGAUUGCCCAAUUAGGAGGGCAAGCUUCUUACCUGAUGGUUCACAAGUUAUUGUAGCUGGAAGAAGAAAGUUCUUUUACAGCUUUGAUUUGGUGAAAGCAAAAUUUGAUAAAAUAGGUCCCUUGGUUGGUAGGGAGGAAAAAAGUUUGGAAGUUUUCGAGGUUUCCCCUGAUUCAAAUACGAUUGCUUUUGUGGGUAAUGAAGGUUACAUAUUGUUGGUUUCUUCGAGAACAAAGGAACUGAUUGGGACGCUAAAAAUGAAUGGGACUGUUCGUUCUUUAGCCUUUGCUGAGGAUGGGAAGCAAUUAUUGAGCUCUGGAGGAGAUGGUCACAUGUACCACUGGGACUUGCGAACAAGAAGAUGCAUCCAUAAAGCUGUUGAUGAGGGCUGCAUAAACAGUACUGUCGUUUGCACUUCACCUAAUGGAAGUCUUUUUGCAGCUGGUUCGGAUAGCGGGAUAGUGAACAUCUACAAGAGGGAGGAGUUUUUGGGUGGAAAGAAAAAACCAAUCAAGACUGUCGAGAAUCUGACGACCAGAGUGGAUUUCAUGAAGUUUAACCAUGAUUCUCAGAUAUUGGCAAUAUGCUCCACCGUGAAGAACAACAGCAUGAAGUUAAUACAUAUCCCAUCACUUACUGUUUUCUCCAACUGGCCUCCCCAGAACGCGGCCCUUCGUUAUCCCCGUUGUAUGGAUUUCAGUCCUGCUGGUGGCUUCAUGGCUGUGGGAAAUGCUGCUGGAAAAGUGUUGUUGUACAAGCUGCACCAUUACCAGAACGCGUAGACAAUGGUCAUUGCUUACACUCAGACAGUAAUCAAUGCAGUUGUGCUAUCUCCCUUUCUGGGUAUCAAAGUGGCAAAGGUAAACAUUACUUGAAAAUCAGCAUAUACAAAAUGCCCGAUAUUUUUGGUUUUCCUGUUCUUAUCUCACUUGGAGCUGUAACUUAUGAUCUCUGAAUAGGGGUCUAAGGUGAUUUUGUCCACAGUUGCUAAUUAAUGUUUUUGAGUUUUAUUGAGGUUAUUAUCCCUAAUUUAUGAGUUUUAAUUAUAAAAGAACCCCCUGUUCAACAUUUUAGAGUUGUGGGACUUCUAUUUCUACAUACUACUAGAAAUUGUGUAAUAGCUAAAAGAUUCAUUUGGGUUUAAUAGGAAAAAGCACAUGAGCUGCAUCAUUAGGAA